AUGACAACGAGCACAGGAUGGGCGCAGUUGCGCCAGCAGAUCAGGACGUUGGAGAGUCAGACCGAAACGCUAUUCCACACUUACUCACAAUACGCCUCCAGCUCGAAACUGCCUCCCAAACCGUCUGAUGAAGAACAAAGGAACGAAGCAGAGAUCCAAGAAUUGCUGGAAAAGCGCGAAGGACUAGUCUCGCAACUUGCUCGUCUCCUGGAUUCCGAGUCCGCCCUAAGUACUUCCUCCCUCAAGCAGAACAACCUCUCCCGGCAUCGUGAAGUCCUGAGCGACCACCGCCAGGAACUCCGCCGGUUAAAGGCCUCUAUCGCCGAAGCCCGCGAUCGUCAGCACCUGCUCGCAAACGUCCGUUCCGAUAUCGACGCGUUCCGUACGAACAACCCAGCCGAGGCCGAGGCGGAGUACAUGCUUCAAGAACGCAAUCGGCUUGAUCAAAGUCACAGUGUGAUUGACGGAGUGCUGUCACAGGCGUAUGCGAUCAAUGAGAACUUCGGCAUACAGAGAGAGACUUUGUCCAGUAUCAACCGGCGGAUCACGGGCGCCGCGGCACAGAUACCUGGCGUGAAUGGCUUGAUUCAGCGGAUCGGGUCGAAAAGACGACGGGAUGGCCUCAUCCUGGGCAGUUUCAUUGCAUUUUGCUGUCUGAUGUUGCUUUACUUCAGCUGA